AUGUCUGAAAUGCAGGGCACUACAGAAAGGAAUCAAACUGUCAUCUCUCAGUUCCUCCUCCUGGGCCUGCCCAUUCUCCCAGAGCACCAGCAUCUGUUCUAUGCCCUGUUCCUGGCCAUGUACCUCACCACUGUCCUGGGGAACCUGUUAAUCAUUGUCCUCAUUCAACUGGACUCCCAUCUCCACACACCUAUGUACUUGUUUCUCAGCAACUUGUCCUUCUCUGACCUCUGCUUUUCCUCUGUCACAAUGCCCAAGUUGCUGCAGAACAUGCAGAGCCAAGAUCUAUCCAUCUCCUAUGCUGGCUGCCUGGCACAAAUGUACUUUUUCCUGUUUUUUGCAGACCUUGAGAGCUUCCUUCUGGUAGCCAUGGCUUAUGACCGCUAUGUGGCCAUCUGCUUCCCCCUUCAUUACAGCAGCAUCAUGAGCCCCAAGCUCUGUGGGAGUCUGGUGGUGCUGUCCUGGGUUCUGACCACAUUCCAUGCCAUGCUGCACACCCUGCUCAUGGCCAAAUUGUCCUUCUGUGAGGACAACGUGAUCCCCCACUUUUUCUGUGACAUGUCUGCUCUGCUGAAGCUGUCCUGCUCUGACACACAUGUUAAUGAGUUGGUGAUAUUUGUCAUGGGAGGCAUCAUUCUUGUCCUUCCGUUUGUGCUCAUCACGGUGUCCUAUGCACGAAUUGUAUCUUGCAUUCUCAAGGUCCCUUCUGCUCGAGGUAUCCGUAAAGCCUUCUCCACCUGUGGCUCCCACCUGUCUGUG